AUGCAUGUGAAUCCCACCAAAAUUUCAGGAAGCACAGAUACUCACAAAAUCUACGCCGAUGGUACUGAUAUAACUCUCCGUGUACGUGUCGUCUGCGAAUCGAAGAAGCAGACAAGACUUGCCGACGCCAGAAUCACCGAUCAAAAGGAGUUUGAAAAGCACAACUACGUAAACGGGUUUUUUGAUUAUUGCGUGGCGCAGGAAAUUAGGGAUGAUGAGAAAGUAAACCGUGCUACAAAUUCCAAGGCCACAGAAUAUGUUUUGACGACGAGGCUCACCACCUCAAAGAGUAAAUGGGGAGGAAACCCUGUUAUUAGAAGCGCAAGGUCUCUUUAUGGAAAUAGAAAACACAAAUGGAGAUUGGGAGGGAAACGCUUUAUGCCAACUGAUAC